AUGGCAAACAUGUUUGGAUUAGGGUCUUUACCUCUAGAAUCUAAAAAUCCCAUGACGACGUUUAUAAACAAAGCGAAACCUUUUUUCGUGGAUCAAAUCGGAGACACCUUACAAGGGGAUAUCGAUAUGAACAAUUUCAAAAUAACUAAUUCAAAGUUUCCAGGAAACGAUAACGAUGCCGUGAACAAGAAAUAUUUACUGGAUCAAAUAAACGCAAUUCAAAUAAACGCAAUUCAAAUAGAUAAGGACCAUGUUGAAAAUAGAAUAAAUGACGUGAAAAAAUACUUCAGACGAAAUAUUAAAAAUCUUGUGAACGAACCCAAACUACAACAAGAGUUAACGAGUUUGAAACGUCUUAUUCAAGUGGAUAAAACAAGUCAGUUGCAAAAUUUAAUAUCUAAAUUAGACGAUAAGAUUACGAAGGUGAAAAUAGACGUCCAACGUUUAAUAGAUAACCCAAAUGUAAACGAGGAUAGAUUGAAACGAAAACUAACCGCUUUGGAAAGAAAACUUGGCGAAUUGCUAGCAGAACUAGACAAGGCCGCGGACAAAACCGAGUUACAAAAUUCGAUAUCCAAUUUGAACGAAAAGAUCGCGAAGCAAAAAUCAGAUGUUCAAGAUAUAAUUAACACACUUCCCAUUGACAAAGAUACGUUGAAACAACAAUUGAUUGCUUUGGAUACUAAAAUCACGGACGAAUUAGAAAAAGAAGUGGGUGUGAUUAAAAACUUUCUUCAAAAUAAAUUUCGAGAUGAUAUGAAAAAUUAUAUUAAAGAACAGGUCAAUCUUUUGGUAUCUAGAAUUCAUGACGAUUUUUUGAGACAAGAGAAAAAGUUGAGCAAAUUAGAAGCUAUUGUCACGGACAAAUCGUAUUAUUUCAAUCUUCCAUUCAAAAGUGACACUGUCUUCGAUAGAAAAGACCGAAGUUAUAAAUCAAACAAAUACGGAUUCAAAGCAGAAAUAAAAGUGGGUGCUCUCAUAGACAGAGAACCUAAAAACGUACUCGAUAUCGGCGAAACGCAAUGGUUUACUUUUCGAGGUAAUUGUCUGAUUCAAAUAGAGUUUCCCAUGAAGGUUGAAGUCAAUAAAGUAGUCUUCAAACAAACCGGUAAUGCCGUCAAACAUAUUUCAUUAUUCAAUGAUGGUAAUUUGGAAGAGAAUAUACGUUUGAUUGAUAAAAGGGAUCAGGAAAUUGAAACGAAAAAUGGUACAUAUGUAGACCUUUAA